UUAAACAAAUACUGAUUUUGAGUUAACGAAGUUUUGAAUAAAAUUAUUGACGAUGAAUAGUUAAAGUUCUUCAGUUAAAGAAAGUCUCGUAUAUAUAUAUUAUCAUUAAAAAACCUUUCUUGUGAAGAAAUUUGUGACACGCAGGCAACCUUUCACAAAAUAUUUUAUGGUGAACGGCAAUAUAAAUAAUCUUUUAAGGGAAUGAGCGACCGAGGCGCGCGACGCGGCGCGGGCGCACCUUUCUACGCGCCCCCGCGUAGGAAAACUUCGGCUGAAAUCAUCAGCGAAGCGAGAGCUGCCAUAUAUGGAGAAAUGAGCAGCGCAUCGUCCAGUGUGGGGGGCGGCGCCCUACGGCCAUUACGCACGCGGCGCCCCUUCACGCCGAGGGAACCCCAACGUACCCUGUUCAACGACAGGGCGCGCAAGAAGGACCCACGACCGCCUAGUGCUUUUGACCUCAAGUACCUAAGCCUAUCGGACACGAACAUGGACGUGACGUCAGCGAUCCUCGGCGCACAAGUAUCCACAUUAGAAGAGGACAGCCUGAACGGCGUCCUGCUCACCGAGCUGCAGAACAAUGUCAAGAAGAAGCCACUUUUACGACCGGCCCGGCCAGCUCAUGAUCGCCCGGUGGAAGGCUGGUCAGGUUUCCCGAAGCUACCACAUCUGAGCGGACGCAGUAAGCCUUUGCACAGACGGAAUACCACGGGACAGUCGCCAGAAGCUCUCAGCCCUGACCCAAUGGGUAAGAGACGGCAGUUUGCUCUCUCCAAAUCGCUGACAUACGACGUUCCCCCAACUGAUGACCUUGGGGAGAUUCCAGUCAAGCACUUGGAGGUUCAGCUCCCCAACACAUCCGGGGACUAUGAAAGAAUGAGUUUCCUAGAACUAGCAGAGGCCCUGUCGCAACGAAGUAGAGACUCAGAACGCACAGUUCACCUGCUAGAUUGUCUGCAGAGACGUCUGGAGCAGUCAGCUCCUUCAGGAAGUCUCCGUGAGCUGGUGAUGCGGGCAUUGUAUACCCACGUCGACAGUGACCAGGAGGCAGUACUUGUUGCUAUAGCCAGGGCUAUGUUAACGAUGCGCGUGACUGGGACGCAUCUAGCUGCUGCAUGCAAACUUGUCUUCAAAAUUGCGAGGAAUGACAAAAACGACCAUUUCUUCAGGAACACAAAUUUACUGGAACUGUUAGUGGAGGGAUGCGGCCGCGCAGACCCGGUGUCGGAGGGCGAGUGCUGCGUGUACGGUGCGGGCGCGCUGCGCUUCCUCGCGCUGGAGCCGCGCCUGUGUGCGCAGGCGCACCGCGCGGGCGCACUGCAUCUCAUCGCGUUGCAUCUCAAGAUACUGAACAAUGCGAAAGCAGAGAACCCCCGCGAUGUAUCGGAGCAGUCCACGCACGCGCUGUACCAGCUGACGGGCGCGCUCCGCAACCUGGCGGGCGCGGGCUCGCAGGCGCGCGCCGCGUUCGUGGCCAGCGGCGCGCUCGCCGAGCUGCUCGCCGCGCUGCUGCACCAUACGGACCGUGAUGUGCUCACCAAUGUUGCGAGAUGUCUGAGCGUGUUAUCAGCGGACGAGUGCUGUUGCGCGUGGCUGUGCGCGUGCCCGUGGUCCGCGCGCGCCGUGCUCCGCGCGCUGGCGGCGUGCGCGGCGCGCGCUGCGCUGGCCGUGCGGCUCGCGUACACGCUCGGCAACAUGGCCGCCGCUGACCCACAAGCGGGGCUCAAUAUUUACAACGAAGAAGGCGGAGUGGACGUGCUGCUUACGAUCCUGGAGUCAUACACGACGCGGAACCAGGAGAGCAGAGAGGUCGACCCUGAUGCAGAUCCUGAUCUACAUUUAGUUGGUACAGACCUAGGUGGGUCCGACGGAUCAAACGAAGAUGUUUUAAUAAAGACAGUUCGAGUGGUAGCCAAUAUAUGCUUAGCUGAACGGGCUGGCCGAAGUUUAGCGGCGACACACGCUGAAAGGACGAUCCGAGCUCUGCUGGCUUGCCUGGAGCUGGCUGAGAAACAGCCUGUUGAUACGGUGGUGAUAGAUUUAGAAGAGGAGAAAGAAGAGCACAGCAAUAGUUUGGAGCGGCGAGAGGAGUUGGCGACUGCUGCGCUCGCAACGCUGAACAAUAUAACGUUCUAUCGGGAGCCGCCUGAGACACUCGAUGAGCUACUGGACACCGUGUGUAGAGCAACAUGUCGCUGGCUGAGAGAGCAAGGCGUGGCGGCAUGCGAAGCGGUGCGCGCGCUCGGCAACUUGUCGCGCUCGCCGCGCGCCGCGCAGCUGAUCGUGCUCGACGGCGUGCUGCCUUCGCUCGUGCCUUUCUUGCAUCACGACGACGCCAGCGUCCGUUGCGCAGCCGCCGGCGUGUUAGUGAACGUGUGCGGCGCCGGCGCGGAGAGCGCGCUGGGCGGCGCGCUGGCGGCGCGCGCGCUGUCGGCGGCGGCCGCGAGCCGCGACGCGGGCGCGGCCGCGCUGCUGGCGCGCGCGCUCUGGAACGCGCACGCGCACGCGCCGCUCACGCCCGCCGUCGCGCAGCAGGCGCAUGUGGCUCUAGCAGAGUUUAUUGAUGAUGAAUCGGUUUUCGAAGCUUGUGAAGUAUCUCGUAGUGGGAACCGCCGCGCCAGUGAUCCAGCAGUGGCUAAAAGUCGAGUUAAAUUCGAAAUCGGCGACAAUAACAAUUUAGGCACCGAAGACUAUGAUCUGAAGGCGCGUCCGACCUUCACAAAGGCUUACAGCGUCGAACCAGGGCUAGACCCUGAUCAAGAUAACGCUUGUUCAGGCGAGGACCUUGGCUUCGAGGAGGGGGAUGUAGAAGAUGGGGAGGAGUGCGAGUGUCAGCCUUGCAGGAGACUGGCAGAGUGGGAGGAACUGGUGGGCGUAGCUAUACCACUGCUGGAGAAACUCAGGCCGCCUAGAGCUGAUGCCUCGGUAGGCACGGAUUGAAAUGGAUCCUAGUUUUACGAAAGCGACGUUCCUAAUCGAUGUUUACCAAAA